CAGGUACACCCGCGUGUGUAUAAUGGAAUGUGAACUGGAGGACUUGUCUAGCAAUCAUUUUCAUGAAUAGAGAAUUGAGAUCUCAAUAUCUUUUUCUUUUUUUUUCCUCUUUUGAUUUUCAGAAGAGAAGAGAGGAGAGAGAAAGGAGGAAGCUUCCAUUUUCAUGCUUCUCUUUUACUAUAUGCAAUUGCAAACUUAAGAAGGCAGGGGCAAUAAAGGGAAGGAAGUACAAUCACUUUCUCUCUCUACUCAACCUACCAUUGAUUACUCUUUUGCCUUCUUCUUUAAACCUUCUUCCAACAACCUAGUUCACCACCACCUCCUCACAUUCACAAAUUUUACAAUUUUUCUUUCCAACAGCUACUAACCCUUUUCAUUUUUCUCAUUAUUUCUGGGUUUUCCCACUUUUUUUUAGUUCAGAUUUCAAUUACCCAUUUCAUAAUUUCAAGAAUUUUGCAUUUUUUCAUUGAGUUUUGAUCAAUGGGAGUGAUUUUGGCAUCUGGGUGUUUGUUAAAUUUCAGAAUGAUUGUUGUUUUGUUGCAGUACUAGAUCCAGAAUUUGAGUUUUGUUCAUAUUAGGAGGGGCUGAAUUCUGAUAAAAAGGACAUUAUUCGAUAUUUUCGACUAAAAUGGCGUCUGAACUCAAUGCUGGAAUGUCCAAAAAAGUUGCUGGUGUGAGGCUGUGGGAAUUAAUAGGAGUAACCAUUGGCGCUUUGAUUGUAAUUAUCCUUUCGAUAUUGCUCUAUCUGUGCCUUACUGCUAGGAAGAAAUCUCGAAGAGCUAACACCAGUUUACCUCUUACCCAAAUUCCUUCGAUUUCUAAGGAAAUUCGUGAAAUCAGAGUGGACCAUGUUUCCCAAAAUGUGUAUGGUAGUUAUCCAGAUGGUGUUGUAGAGAAAUUGAAAGAGAAGGAUUCAGACAGGCUUUUAGUUCAUCCAAGUGUCGAUAAAAUAAAAACAGAAGAAAAUGGAAAGCAUUCAGGCUCUUUUACACGCUUCGAAAAUGAUAGUGUUGGGUCUCCAAUGGGGGAUAAGCCUUCUUCACAUCCGAUAAGUGCUCCUUCUCCACUAUCUGGACUUCCUGAAAUAUCUCGUCUUGGUUGGGGACACUGGUUUACCCUAAGAGACCUUGAAGUUGCAACAGACCGCUUUUCCAAACAGAAUGUCAUUGGUGAGGGAGGAUAUGGCAUUGUUUACCAGGGUGAGCUUAUUAAUGGGACCCCGGUUGCAAUAAAGAGGCUUCUUAACAACCUUGGACAGGCAGAGAAGGAAUUCAGGGUAGAAGUGGAGGCUAUUGGUCAUGUUCGACAUAAAAACUUAGUUCGACUUCUUGGAUACUGCAUUGAAGGAACUCACAGGUUACUGGUGUAUGAGUAUGUCAAUAAUGGAAAUUUGGAACAAUGGCUUCAUGGUGCAAUGCACCAAUAUGGAAAUCUUACUUGGGAAGCUCGCAUGAAGGUUCUUAUUGGCACUGCUAAGGCCCUUGCUUACUUGCAUGAAGCCAUUGAGCCUAAGGUUGUGCAUCGAGAUAUCAAAUCAAGUAACAUACUAAUAGAUGAUGAGUUCAAUGCAAAGGUGUCUGAUUUUGGCUUGGCAAAGCUGUUGGGUGCUGGAAAAACUCACAUUGCUACUAGAGUUAUGGGCACAUUUGGGUAUGUGGCUCCAGAAUAUGCCAAUAGUGGCCUUCUAAACGAGAAAAGUGAUGUCUACAGUUUUGGGGUUGUUCUCUUGGAAUCUAUUACUGGGAGGGACCCAGUAGAUUACGCUCGUCCCCAGAACGAGGUAAACCUGGUGGACUGGCUUAAAACUAUGGUUGGUAACAGGCGUGCAGAAGAGGUAGUAGAUCCCAACAUGGACACUAGACCUUCAACGAGGGCUCUUAAGAGAGCACUUUUGACUGCAUUGCGGUGUGUAGAUCCAGAUUCUGAAAAGCGGCCAAGGAUGGGUCAAGUUGCUCGAAUGCUUGAGUCCGAGGAAUAUCCUGUUCCUCGUGAGGAUCGGAGGCAUCGAAGAGCUCAACCCGGAGAGGCUGAAUCUCCAAGGCUUAGUUUGAACGCAAUCUAAAGAUCAGUAAGCCUAAGUGGACAAAAAACAUCCUCAACAUGUAAGAAGCCAAUAGUUAACAGAUGAAACUGCAUGCUUCAAACAGUCGAAGUAUGUGAGUGAUCUGUGCUGAGAUUGAGUGCUAAAAAUUGAAUCCGCAUAUAUAUAUAUAGUCAUUUUGGCCUUCGGCCACCCCCCCCCCCCCCCUCUUCUCCCCCUUCUUUUUUUUUUUUUUUUUUUUUUUGUGGGUUUAACAGAGUACUUUUUUCAUUAUUUUUGGUGCGACGAGUACUAUGUAUUGUAGUAGAUAUGGUUUGUAUAAGUAGUCUUGGGCAUUUUCUGUUAUGCUUAAGCAAUCAGAAUUGUUUUGUACAGGCCUUUUUAGGCUAGAGGAGUUGUUGAUAUACUUGAGAGAAUAUUUGAUGGAUAAAAUAUAGAGAAGUUAUGGGAUUGUUAAUAUUUUA